AUGGUUCAGUUUUGCUUGCAUGUCAAUGACCUCUUUGCGGAGCCUCCAAAGCCUCAGUCUAGUGGCAUUGACAGUCUGAUUCUGAUAGGGACCAAGGCUGGAUAUGAAAAACAUUUCGAUUGGGCUUGCAACAGCAUCUUGGAAAAAAUCUUAUCCAACUCAAAAGGAAACUCAAAGCCAAAAUCCAAGAAACAGAAAACAGAAGGCUCUGCAGCAGCCCAAGAACUCUUGCGGACUCUUCUUUCUGGUCUAAAUCCUUCUCCUGAUUCUGGAAAUGCUACCGAAUGUUACUUUCCAAAAAGUGAUGGCAAUGGACCACCACUUCGUGUCGUCUUGGGGGUACUCCCUUCCGUCGUAUCCCGACACAACAGUCCCGGACAGCCCUAUGCGGUGACAUCCCUCCUCAAAAAGACGAUUCGCUUCAAGGAUGUCACAGUCGUCGCUCCUCUGUGUGAAUCCAAGGAUCACUGGUUCAGUGUGGCCUGUGCCAUUGCUCGAGUCGGUGGACCCUUUUUGUACAAUAGCAAGACUUCUUCUUCUUCUUCGAAUGGAGCAAUCGCCAAGAAUAAGAUUGACUUCCAAACCGACCUUUCGCAAUCCGACAAAGCCGUCAAGGUUGUUUUUACAGAAUCGAUUGAUGCCACAACACAACAAAAAUUUGCGUUGUUGGCCUUGGGGAUUCAAUUGUCACGACGGUUGGUCGACGAACCUCCCAAUGAGCUGCACACCACGGCGUUUAUGGAACAAGCAUUGGGUUUGAUUCGAGGAAUGGAACAUGUGUCCUCCAAGGUCAUCCAGGGUGAGGAAUUGGACAAACAGGGAUAUGGCGGUAUGUACAAUGUGGGCAAGGCUGGACCUCACCCACCAGCACUUGUCAUCUUGAGCUACGAGCCACCGGCUGCAAAGGGAAAGAAAAGCACUGUCAUGGUCGGCAAGGGCGUUGUCUUUGAUACGGGUGGCACUCAAAUCAAAACAAAGGCUGGCAUGCCCGGUAUGAAACGCGACAUGGGCGGAGCUGCAUCAGUGCUUGCCUCUUUUUUGUCCUUGGUCAUGUCGGGGGCUGUCCAAAAUCAGCCUUUGCACGCAAUUUUGUGUCUGGCGGAAAAUUCAGUGGCUUCUCAUGCCAUGCGGCCGGACGAUGUUAUUUCCAUGCACUCGGGAAAGAGUGUCGAAAUAAACAAUACAGAUGCCGAAGGUCGACUGGUCUUAUCGGAUGGAGUCUCCCACGCCUUUCAAUACUUGAGUCCUCAAGUCAUCAUUGAUAUGGCAACCUUGACAGGAGCACAAGGAGUGGCAACGGGCAAGUAUUUUGGAGCACUCUACUGUAAUGAUGAAGAAUUGGAACAGAUCGCAGUCAAAGCUGGAAAGUCAUCCGGGGAUUUGUGUCAUCCCAUGCCCUAUGCACCCGAGUUCUUUCGUCCGGAAUAUAGUUCGGCCGUAGCAGACAUGAAGAACUCGGUUGCGGACCGAGCCAAUGCUCAAGUCUCCUGUGCCGGACAAUUUAUUGCAAAUCACAUGGGUUCUUUCCUGGAAGAUGGUGGCAAGUGGGUUCACAUUGAUAUGGCCUACUGCGUCUUUGAUAAGAAGGAUGAACGUGCGACGGGAUAUGGCGUCGGAUUGCUCUACUCCAUUGUCCAAUCGAUAGAAAGCAACAUAAUGAGCACCUAG